AUGAAAGAUCAAUUGAAAAACAAAUCCGAAGAGUACCAGAAGCUGCUCCUAUCAGCGUCCAUAAGGAGAGAGGCAAAACAAAAUGAAGAAAAUAAAAAGGCGAAAAAGCAACAAUGUGGCAACAAUGACAAUAAUGAUUUUAUCAUAUACAUGGAAUUUAAAUUUGAGAAUUUAAUCCUUUCUAGGUAUCUAUUUGAGAUCAGGGACGAGUUGGGGACGCCGAUCCGGAACAGCGUGCAGAUAACGAGGUUCAUCAUCAUGCGGAGCGAAAACCACAUCAUGGGCACGUGCGUAUCGGACAGAAUCAUCCUCUGCUACAGGAACGACAAGGAGACCACGACAAUACUGCGCACGCUCAAGGAGGAGUUAAGAAAAAACUAUUCCAUAUGUUUAACCGAUGAAGGGAACAAAGAUACAAACGGGAAUGAGAUAGAUAAAGCACUCCUCUCAUACAUCAUCCAAUUUACUCUCGUAUGUAAGUAUGUAGAAUGUGGCAAGUGGGUUCACAUAUGGGACAAUAUGGAUACCAUCAUUGAGUCCAAGUUUUGUGGAAAUAAUUCCAGUAAAUAUUUUAACUGCAUAGGCUUUAAGUUUCACAUUUUAAAUACCAAUUACAGGGUAGCUAGCCCAAAAAGAGAUUGCAUACAUUUCGUGCAAAUGCACUUAAAGGUUAUGUUAAGUAUGUAUAAAGUUCUUCCCCUGGUGGAAGAGCAGAUGUGCGAAAAUAUGUUCGUGUAUUGCCUACCUCGAUGCUCCAUGAGAGCUACCAUUUUAGAUGUUCUGGACACUUCCGAUGCAAAAGUGGAGGAACAAAAUUUCAACUACCAGGAUUACUGGCUCAACGUACACGGUUAUGUGUUAAAUCAAAAUGCUCUCAAAAAAAUAGUCAAAGUGAGGCUCUACAAAGGGGUAUUUAAUUACCCCCAAGGGGUUCUCCUAAGGGACAAUAUAUACAAAUUAAACAUAGCCGUAAAGAAUGACCCUUUUUUUUACGUCUGCAAUUUUUUGAGUACUUUUGAGUUAUUAAAAAGGGCAGAGAUAAAAUUGCUGAGGUUUUCCGAAUGUGAUGAAGGGGGGAAAAAUCUCUACGACGAUCUUCUCCCACCUCAGAAUAGCAAAAGAAUAAGAAAGGAACAAAGCGAUAAUCAGGAUGACUCCGAAUUUUAUGCCAAACUGAAUCGAAUCUGUAAACACCAAUUUGAAGGGAACAAUUUCUCUCCAUACCUUUCGCAGUCAAAUAAACUGCAAAGAACAUAUGACAAUUCGUACCAGCUGUAUGGGAAUACUUUAACUACCACCUCCGGUGUGUCGAUAAAUUUGGAUUUUUCCAAAAACAAGAAAAGUGGCAGCGGCGAGAGGGACUCUUCCAGGAGAGACUUGGACGCCUUUCUGAAGAAGUCUGCGCAGGACUACUACGCGAGAGAAGUGGAUCUCCAACAGGGGAUCAUUCAUCAUCAGCGGCGACAUGGCCCAAUUCAACAUGAGACGCAACACCACGCCGUUCCUUAUGAGGCGCGACACCCCCCCGUCCCUUAUGAGCCUCUCCCCAAACCCGACUACCGCGCAAGAAAUGCUAAUCCCCGCCGCACAGAUGACCUGAUUCACAAAACCACACAACAGGGCACCACCGUAGUGCCCACCACGGAUCACUCAAACUGCCACGCAGAGACCAAAAGGGCACAACUUGGCCAAGCUUACACGGUGGGGAAUCAGAACCAAGGUAACCAAUUGGACAAAUACCUCCACAACGUUGCAAAGAGUUACACCUCCGUGGAGGGAAAAAACAAUCCCGAUCAUAUGGCCGAGGCUAACAUUUUCGAAAGCGUAAACCCACAGAUCAUAUUUUCCAAAGAAUUUGAGAACUUUCUGGACAAUCUAGACGAAGCUGCGCUGUACCAGGAGCAGCCCCUUCUACCCCCAGUGAAUUUUGACCAACGGGAAGGGAAGCGGCCCAAUUUUCCCAUAACGACUCCACCAUUCGGCCAAAUGGGAAACCGCACGCAGGUCAAGAAGACGCAUAAAAUGACGUAG